CAGAUUUCUACAAGUGCUUCACUUAAAAGGAUUUUAUCAGCAAGCAAGUUUAGAAACUAAAAAUGAUUCUACAAUUGGCUUUAAAAUGAUUCUGUUCUAAGUUUCUUUUUCAACCUGAAUUUCUUUCCUAUUUUUAACCUGUGGAUUUACUAAAGAUUAACUAAUUGCAAGAUAAUUCAGUUGAUCAAGACUGUGCUUCAAGCUGGUAUAGGUUCUAUAUAAUCUAUUGUUUAAUUGUAAUAUUUAAAGGCUUAUAUCAAACCCAAAGGAGUUCCUGAUCACCUUUGCCAAAUAGGAUUUUUCAACUUGAGUAUAAACUGCUCCUCAGUCUCAUUUAGCGAAAAGUGCCUGUCCCUUCUCAUGAAGAGAUUUAGUUAUGAACGUACCUUGGUUUAUAUAUAGACUGAAAUAACAUUUGGAUCAUGCUGCACUGGAAGACUAGGAGAGAGCUUCAAGAUAGGUUACCAGGAUUUUCCAGUGGUCUCCAACAAUGAUAUUGCGCUCAAGAUUCCACAAGCCUUCUGAGGUGAAGAUUAGAAAACGACAAAUGGGAUGCGGUAAAAAUAAACAGAAAAAAUCAACUGCAUCUCAGAUACCAGUGAACCAGGAAACUACAUGUAAAAAUCAAAACCUAAGGAAAUCAUCAAGUAGUGAAGCAUACCAACACCGUGACAGAAAGCAAUGUUACAUACUGACAAGAGACUCAAAAACUCUGCGUUUUGAUUUAGACGAGCAUGGCGAUUGUAAAAUAUCAGUUGAGGAUUCACAAUCCAGUGACGAUAUUGCAUGGUUAGACAUAUUCACAAGCAACGAACAGAAUAAUUGUGUUCCGAUGGCCAGAAACAGCACUAAAAAACAUUGUAAAAAUUUGGUGACCAUGACUCAGCGAUCAAAAAAUAACUUUCUCCUGUUGGGCAAGAAUAAGAAACAACUGUAUCUGAAGGUCUUGAAUCCAAAUGGAAAGGCAUCACGGCGUCAUAUGGUGGCAGGACACAGCAUGGAAGGGAUUACAGGUGGAGCUCCUGACCUCAGACAGUUGACUGAAAAAAAAAACCAGCUGUUCAUCAUGCAUUACAAACAAGAAGAUUCAGUUAGGUUUCAGUGUUAUACGGACAAGAACUACUACCUUCAUGUCAAUAAGGACUCCGUUGAUCUAUGCAAGAUGAAAGAAACAGAUGCUGAUACAGGAAAAGACUUCUAUUUCAAGGUGGAAUAUGUGUGAUACAUACUUCCCCAGGCCUUUGCAAUGUCUCAAGUAUGUAGACAGCCCCUGAAAUGAGCCAAUACAAAAUAGAAAUGAAGGGGGAUUGAGAUCAUGGCAGGAUUAAGUUCCUUAGUUUUGUAUAAAGUUUUUCUGUAGCCUCUGUUUCGUGGUUCACUAUUUUUGAUGUGUAAGGGAGAAGUCAUUUUGUGUUUUAAAUAUACUGUACCUGAGUGAAGUAUGUAACUUAGAGGGGGGGAAUGGCGAGCAGUGUUUCAGAAAAAAGCAAUUUCUUGACAUUAUAUUUAUACUUUAAAGGAGGCUGAUUUGGGAAGUGGGGAACAUAACAGUAGGGGCCCAAAAAUAGGAAAAGAGAAUCACAGAAAAGAUAAAUAGAAAACACUUUUAAUAUUACAUUUUGUAAUAAUGAACUAUUUCUUAGAUGUCGCACAUGAAUUCACCUACAUGUAUGUGAAUGUGUGUGUACAAUGUACUUACUAUACUGAGGCUUUGCUGCACCACCCAUGCUGCCCCCACCCUGGAGAUCUGAAAAAAAGAGCGUAAGGACAGAGGGCUAGUAGUUAAAGGCUAACAGCAAAGCUAUUCCACCUUCUCUACCACCCCCCAAGCUUCUCCAGCCCCCAUUCUUCAUCUUUCCACCCCCACAAAAAAAAAAUAGCUGCAUGGCCUGAGAAUUCCACUGCCUUAGCAGGAAGAGGGCAGAUUGGUCAUCAUGGAAGGAUGUGCUCCCUGUGAACUUUGGUCUGGUCAAUUCCCAACUCAAUCCUAGAGGGAAACACAAUAGAGAAGGAAAUCUUUAGCUCAGGUACAGAGCAAAGUACAAAACAGUACAAACAAAAAUUGAAAUAAGUGUUUGAAUAAAUGAAUUCAAAGAAUAAACUCAAGUUUCUUACCUUGGG